AUGAAUACAAACAUAAUUUUAAUUUUAGAAGGACUCCAAUGUGUAUGGUGGAUAAUAUUAUCCAUCAUAUUAAAAUGGAAUCAUUAAAUCGCAAUCAUAACUCUGGCUUCAACAUCAAUAGUCCUGAAACUGGGAUUGCUGAUGCAAAUUAAAAAAAUUAACAAUAAAGGUUAAUAUUUAUUGCUUCUAUUAAUAAUUCUUGCUGAUACUAUCACCUAUACAGAAAUAAACCUACUCCUUUAUUAACUUUUUAAUCCCUUUUCUAAUCAUACAAACACUCUGUUUAUAGUAACUAAUUAAUAUAUUAUUAAAGAAAUAGUAACUAAACAAAUUUCAUAUAGCAUAAUCAAGUUUUGUUACCCUUGUUAUAUAAUAUUGAGACUAUUCUCAAUUGUUUUCAUCAAAUUUGAUUAUACAAUUUUAGAAAGCAUCAUAAUUAUUUUGGUCUUUGUAAUUGCUAUUUUGGGGGAUGAAAAAUCUAUAAUCUCUGCAAAAAUUCGUUUGUCUUUGCAAUUGCAUGAUGAGGAGUAAUCAGAUCGAUAUAUGAAUACCUUAAAAUUUUCAAAAAGAAAAAUAAUUAGAUAACAUGAAUCUAGUAACUUGUUUUUUCAGGAUUAAUCCAGGGACAAAGAAAAACUAAGAAGUCCCAGCAACCUUUCCAAUAAGCAUUUAUCUUACAACGAUUUGUUUUCAACUGUUAGAUAGAAAGAGUCGAUCGAUGUUGACAGAAGUGAAUUUUGCUCCCGCCUUUUCAUAACCAGAAUUUUACAUUUAAUUCCAGAUGGCAUAAUCAUUUUGAAUAAAUUUUAACAUCUUCAAUUUAUUAAUAGAAAAUGUAUGGCUUUGAUGAAUUGUAACAAAGAAGAGUUAAUACUGUCGAAACUAAAAGAUUGCAUUAGAAAUCAUGUUGUCAAUUUGAAUAAUGGCUUAAACUUCCCGUAAUCUCAAAAUAACAGGAAAAUAGAAAUGAAUUAACACACCUUAGAAGAAAUAAUAAAAAAAGCACAAUAGAAUAAAGUUUCAUUAGAUAUUUUUGAUGUGUUACUAAAUUAAAAUAAAUAUCUGAAUCAAUAUCUCAUUCCUUAGAAUAACUAUGAUGGAGAAAAAAGCAGCAUUGACGAAUCUCCAGGCUAACAAAUAAAUUAAAAUUAAUUUCGUUUUAGUCUUUCUUUAGAAUCAAAUAAAAUUUUAAAACUUAAAAUAAUUCAAACGUAUAUGACAACCUAGUAAUUAGAUUCAUUAGCUUAAAAUGAUAUGUAAAAUUUUGGAGAUUUAAAAAAUCAACCGGUAUUGAUGUUAAUCCUAAAAGAUAUCACUUAUAAACGCAAAUUCUAAAAAAUUGAAAUGAAAAAUUAAUAAUUCUAUCAUGCUUUAAAAAAAUAAUUGUUCUAAUUAAGAACUCCUCUUAAUUUGAAUUAGCAGUAUUUAAGGAUCUUUAGUGAUAUCAUAAAAGAGGAAUAGGAAAUUACAGAAAAAAUGGAAUUGCUCUAGUGUUCUACUUCUUUUCUAUAAUAUCAAAUGAAUAACAUUUUGGAUUUCAUAUCUUAUUAACUAAAUGAAUUUACUUAUUUCUUCUGCAGAUUCUCAAUCAAUGAAUUGAUCAAUUAAAUAGAAUAAGUGUUUAUUCCCUAUAUACUUCAGAAGAAAAUCCAAUUUUAGAUUAGAAUCUAAUCUAAUCUGUCUGAAAAGUAUUUGAAUUCAGACAAAUUAAGAAUCAUUUAGGUUUUGUUAAAUAUACUAAAUCAUUAAUUUAACAAUAUUUUACAGGGUGGUGAAAUCAAUCUAAUAUUUAUUGCUAAGGAUGAUUUUACAAUAUAGAUAGCUGUCGAAAACAAUUCAGCCCAAAUGAGUAGAAAGAAACAAUUCUCAUUUAAUUAAAUAAUGAUGCUGGGGAAUCAAGAUAAUGACAGUUGCAAUGACAUCAUGACACAUCCAGAGUUAGGCUUUGGAUUGAAUUUAGCAGCAAAAUUAGCUUCAGGAUUUAUUGAAGGUAGCGGUAAAAAUAUAGAAAUUUUAUCAAAUUCUGCUGAUAGUAGCAGUAUUAGCUUUUUGAUUUAAGAUCAAAUGCUCUUAAAGGAGUAGGAUCAAAAAGAUUAGGAUCAAAAGGAUCAGGAUCAAACUAGAAAUCAAUCUAAUACUGGUGGUUUUGUAGUUCUUAAUAAAUCCUAAUCUUGGUAGUAAGAAGGUAAUUUCAUUGUAAAGAAAUAUUGCUAUCAGGAUAAUACUGAUCAUUAUGAGAAUUCAGAAAAAGUUGUUUAAAAAUCAGAAGGUGUCAAAUCACAUGAAAGUCCAAACAUUGUUGAGGAUUUCAGUGAACGUAUAAUUAUACCUUAAUCAAAUUAUUUUUAAUUUAGAUCUAUCGAAAGUCCAAACUAAUAAAUAAUACACAAAACGUUUUCGUUUAAAAUAUCCUCUUCAUAAUUACAUGAAUGCAAUGCUACUUGUAAAAGGAUAUUGAUAGUUGAUGAUUAAAUUUUUAAUUAAAUUGCUCUCAAGGCUAUUUUAACCCAUUUUGCAAUUUAAUGUGAUUAGGCAUAUGAUGGUUACUCAGCAAUCCAAAGAGUAAAAGAGAAACUCUAAACCAAUUGCUAAUUUUAUGAUAUCAUAUUUAUGGAUAUAGAAUUACCUGGAUUAAAUGGAUUUGAAACUUCGAAAGAAGUAAGUUUGCUUGUCUAUUUUAGAUAAUGUCAUUGGGAUGCAAGAAGACUGCGAUUGUAAUUUGUUCAGCAUACGAUACGAAGGAUAACUUAAUGUAAUUUGAUCAUUCUGGGUUAUGCGAUUAUCUACAAAAACCAAUACUUUAAAUUGAACUACUCUAAAUUCUCAAAAAAUAUUAAUUAGUUAAAUGAUUAUUGUUUUAUUAUGUCUAAUUACUUUCUGUAAUUCAAUUGAGAUAUAUGUUAAUACCAUAAGACCUAAAGAUAACCCUUCAGAGACUUACGCGUAUUAUGAGUUGCCCUAUUGCAAACCGAGUGAUUAUGAGGAAGUAAUUGAAACUUUGGGACAAUCCUUAUCUGGAGAUAAAUAAAUGACUUCAGUGUACAAAUUCAAUUCAAAAGAGAAAAUAGAAGACAAAUAGGUUUGUAAGGGAAAUUUUACGAAUGCAGAAAUAAAGAAAUGGAUUGACGCAAUAGAUUAAGAGUACAUAAUUGAGUUUUACUUGGCGGAUUUUAUAAUGCGAGAUGUAGUGGGACAUUAUAUGGAGGGGCACUAUUACCUAAAGAAUAGAAUCACAUUUAAUUUAUACGUAUCGAAUGAUUCACGACUGAUGUAUGCUAAUAUCACUAUGAAUGAUGGAGAUUUUAAAUAAAUAAAUCAAUAAGAUGAAAACACGUAGAUUGAAUUCUAUUUUACUGUCAAGAUCCAAGAGUAUAAUGAGACAAUGAAUGUCCAUCAUCAUGAUAUCAAAUGGAAAUCAUUAAUACUAAAAACCAUGAUAAUCUUAGGUUUAGUCUUAGUCAACUGUUAUUUAUUGAGGAGAUCUAUAAAAAGUGGGUAUAGCAAUGUUCCUGAUGAAGAAAACGAGAUUGAACCUCAAGGAUGGAAGUCAAUCAAAAUUGAAUCAUUGAUGCCUCCGAGCAAUCGUAUUCUGUUCUCUGCAUUACUUGGUACAGGCAUUCAUUUUUUGAUAACAAUUUUGAUUUUGUUGAUAUUGGGAUCAUUUGAUUUAUUUGACACUCGUAAAGGAUCUAUAAAAUCUGCAGGAAUAAUUGUAUAUAGUUUUUGUGGAGGUAUGUAAAUUUAUAGUAUAAAUAGCAAUCAAUGGUUAUUAAACAGGUAAGUUUUAUAAAUUUUUUGGAGGCAAGAGAUGGUUAUUAAAUUUACUCAUUACCACUGGACUUUUUCCGAUAUCUGCAAUAUCUAUCCUUUUUAUUAUUGAUGUGUUUUCAAUAUUGUUCGGAACAACAUCAAGCUACUCAUUUACAGCUGUAUUUUCUGUGGGAUUCAUUUUAAUAUUUGUGUACUUGCCCUUAACAAUAUUAGGAGGAGUUUCAGGGAGGUUGAGAACAGUAGAUGAGUUGCUCGAAAAAAGAUUGUAGAAGAAAUUGUUAAUCUCAAAUUAUUCAUUUCUAUUAAAAGGAUUUUUGUAUGGGAUUGUGCCUUUUAUGUAAAUAGAACCAUUUAAACUUUAGAUCAAUCCUAUUGGAAUUAUACUACAUAUUGGAGAGUACAUGGAGUGAUCAUCCAUUUGAGUAUUACACAUUGUUGGUGUUCUCUUAUAUUCAAUUGUUGAUCAUAGUAGGUUGUCUGUCAAUCAUCCAAACUUAUCAACAAUUGAGUAAGGGCAAUUACAAUUGGCAAUGGAUAUCAUUCAUCAAUGGAGGACAGUGUAUUAUAUACAUGUUUGGAUUCAUCUUUUAUUAUUAUUAUUAUAUGAAUAUGCAUGGAUUUUAUUAAUUUUUAUAUUAUUUUGGAGAAAGUAUAUUGGCAUGUUUUGUAUUAUGGUUGAUGUUGGGAUUUGUGAGUUAUUGGAUCUCAUUGAAAUUUGUGAUUUAUAUUUAUUCAUAAAAUAAGAUUUAAUGA